GAAAUCCCCUCGCAGCCCUGGGCGCCAGCGCGUCCUGGCAGCCGGGUCCCAGAGCCCCGCUAGGUGGCUGUAUCUCCUAGCGUCUUCGCCGGGCAGCCACAGCCUUCCUGUGGUUGGACUACAUUUCCCAGAGCCGCCGCUUCCUAAGGCGGCUUCCUUUCCGUUUGUUCGCGCCAUCUGGGGGCCUCGCUUUGGGGGGGGGGGGGGGGGCUGUAUCUGUGGAAGAGCUGGGCCAGCGCUGGUGGGACCCGUGAAGCCGAAGUCGCCCUGGACCCCGCGGGCGAUCCUGAGCUGUAUCUUCGAGAUUUGUCAUCAAAUAUGCAAAUAACUACUUACCUCCAAGAAGAAACUUGUAAAACAGAAUUAUUUCAAUGGAAAAAUGAAUGACUGGCUUCAAAACUAUGAUCUUAAGAAGUCUAUUUUUAGAGAUUAUUUGGAAGUCAGAGGCACAUUGGAAAAAUCAGAAGGAACAUUUCAGGCAAGGAAAGAUUACAUAUGAAAAAAUGUCUAUUUUCAAUCAGCAUACUUACUUAUCUCAAUAUCCCUCAUGUAAUUCAGAAAAGCCCUAUAAAUGUAAGGAAUGUGGGAAGACCUUUAGACGAGCCUCACACCUAACUCAACAUCAAAGUAUUCAUACUGGUGAAAAACCCUAUGAAUGUAAGCAAUGUUUGAAGGCCUUUAGUCGUGAAUCACAGCUCAUUCUUCAUCAGAGACUUCAUACUGGCGACAAGCCUUAUGCAUGCAAGGAAUGUGGAAAGGCCUUUACUCAGAGCUCACAACUGAUUUUACAUUACAGAAUUCAUACUGGUGAAAAACCAUAUAAAUGUGAACAAUGUGGAAAAGCUUUUAUUCGUAGCUCACAACUAACCCGACAUCAAAAAGUCCAUACUGGAGAAAAACCUUAUGAAUGUAAAGAAUGUGGGAAGGCCUUUACUCAGAACUCACAACUUACACUGCAUCAGAGACUUCAUACUGGCGAGAAACUCUAUGAAUGUAAAGAAUGUGGAAAGGUCUUUACUCAGCUUUCACAACUUAUUCUACAUAAGAGAAUCCAUUCUGGUGAAAAACCCUAUGAAUGUAAAGAAUGUGGGAAAGCUUUUAUUUGUGGUUCACAGCUUUCUCAACAUCAGAAAAUUCAUAAUGGGGAAAAGCCAUAUGGAUGUAAAGAAUGUGGGAAGGCCUUUAUUCGUGGCUCAUUACUUAUGCAACAUCAGAGGAUUCAUACUGGUGAAAAACCCUAUAAAUGUGAACAGUGUGGGAAGGCCUUUAUUCGUGGUUCACAACUUACUCAACACCAGAGAAUUCAUACCAAUGAGAAGCCCUAUGAAUGUAAGGAAUGUGGGAAGACCUUUAAUCAUGGUUCACAACUUACUCAACAUCAGAGGAUUCAUACUGGUGAGAAACCCUAUCAAUGUAAUGAAUGCGGAAAAGCUUUUAAUAGAGGCUCACUACUUACUCGGCACCAGAGGAUUCAUACUGGUGAAAAACCCUAUGAAUGCAAAGAAUGUGGAAAGACCUUUAGUCGUGGCUCAGAACUUACUCAACAUGAGAGAAUUCACACUGGUGAGAAACCCUAUGAAUGUAAGGAAUGUGGGAAGUCUUUUAUUCGUGGUUCACAGCUUACUCAACAUCAGAGAAUUCAUACUGGUGAGAAACCUUAUGAAUGUAAAGAAUGUAGAAUGGCCUUUACUCAGAGUUCACAUCUUUCACAACAUCAGAGACUUCAUACUGGUGAGAAGCCUUAUGUAUGUAAUGAGUGUGGAAAGGCCUUUGCUCGUGGCUUACUACUUAUACAGCAUCAGAGAAUUCAUACAGGUGAGAAACCUUAUCAGUGUAAGGAAUGUGGGAAGGCCUUUAUUCGUGGUUCACAACUUACUCAACAUCAGCGAAUUCACACUGGAGAAAAACCUUAUGAAUGCAAGGAAUGUGGGAAAGCCUUUAGUCACGGUUCUCAACUUACUCUACAUCAAAGAAUCCAUACUGGUGAGAAGCCCUAUGAAUGCAAAGAAUGUCGGAAAGCCUUUACUCAGAGCUCACACCUUUCUCGACAUAAGAGAAUUCAUACUGGUGAGAAACCAUAUCAAUGUAAGGAAUGUGGGAAGACCUUUACUCGUGGUUCACAACUAACUCAACAUAAGAGAAUUCAUAUCAGUGAGAAAUCUUUUAAAUAUAAAGAAUGUGGGACAGACUUGGUUUAUAACUCACAAGUUUAUAUAUGAAUUAUUUGAAUUUUUGUGAUUAAUAGAAACUUCAAUGAUCUUUAAUCCAUUACAAUCAAAGAAUUCUUAAAAUGUGAAUAUGGGAGUAUACUUGCCUCAUAAAACUCUGCAUCAAUGAUUUUAUUUGGGGAAAGAUAGUGAUAAUGUAAUCCAUGUAGAAAAAUUUAUUACCAGAAACUGAUUAAAUUUUAGUGAAUUUUAAUCAACAGUAACGUAGUAAAUAUCAGAAGGCCUUCAGCCAUUGCAUGUCUUUUUAAACAUUAUUUUGACUCUAUCAGUUGCUUUCCUUUAUGACAUUUGUUAUGAUAACCUUUAAUCAUUUGUAAGAAAAUCUAAUAAUACCUUCCUUAUCAAAUUCUAAUAAUAUCUUUCUUAUCAAAGUAUUAUGUGAGCUGUUACAUGUAAAGCUUUUAGAAUAGUGCCUUGAACAUAGCAUAGCACAAAUAUUAGCUGUUAUUAUAGUGUUAGAUAAUUUGCAUGAGAGGAGGACACUUUAUGAGUAUAAUGAAUAUUUAGAAAUAGUCCACUUAACACUUCGCCCUCAUUAUUUGAAUGGGGAUCACUAUAUGCUAUAAUAAAUGUGAGCAAACUUUUAUUUAGAGUUCAUCCAAUAUGCUACAAGAGGAAAUUCAUACUGUAUUAAACACACACACACACACACACACACACACACACACACUAUAGGUUUAAUGAGUGGAUUAUUGACAAGGUUUUAAGUGAAUUGUAACAAAGUCCAAAAACUCAUAUUUUCUACUAUUUCUGACCACAAUUCAAGAAUAUUAUUUAGAAAUGGAUAAUCAUAAUAAAUCUUUCUACUGGGAACUUUUGAAAAACUUGGGUUUACAGUUCCUUUUAUUAACCUUAAAAUAAAAACUGACAUUACAGACUAUUUUGCAAUGAAAAAAUGAGUCUAUGUUAGAGACUGCUGUUUUUUCUGCCUAAUAUCCAUUUCCAUUUUUUAGUAACUGUAUUCUAUGUAAGCUUCCCUUGCUGAUCAAAGUGAAAAAGAUAUUUUGUAUGAUUAGUACAUUUAACUUUUCUCUCCCCUAUACCCCCCUAUUUCCCCUCUGUCUACAAUAUGGACAUUUAAUCUGCAACACUGACAGUUUUAUGGGAACUUUGAGAAUGGGUAUUAAGGAUGGUGGAUCAGAAAAAACAAAAUAUACACCUCUGCUGAUUUUAUAUAAUAGCCAUAACUUUGGUCUUCCUGGUUUCUGUACUUCUUUAUAUAGAAAUGAAAAUAAACUUACUUAUUGAUGCUA